AUGAACAAUUACCACAACCUGAUCGUCAUCGGAGACAAGAGUAGCGGAAAGACUCGGCUCAUUGACUCUAUUGUUUUUGAUCCUAAUAGAGGGGAUUCAGGAGAGCUUCCGAGUGUUCUUCCACCUCAAGAAUUUUCUUUUCCUUUAAAAAAUCAAGAAAUUACUUUCAACUUUAUUGAUACAGAUUCCUCAAAAAGUAUUGAAACAAUAUUUUCCACAGUUCCUCUUCUUAGCUCAGAAUUAAUAAUCUUUGUGAUUGAAACCAACAACUCACAAGCUGUACAACGAUUUCAUGAUGAAUGGCUUCCUUACAUAGUGAGAAGUAAAAAGAUGCUCUACAUUAUUCAAUCCAAGGUGGACACUGUUGAAACGAUUGAGUCAUUUAAUUGUUCAGAAGUGGAAAAGUACGUCAGAUUUCAAGGAGUGUUCGAGUAUAGCUCCAAGACGAGAGAAAAUAUUGAAGUUUUGCUUUUUAAUUUAUCGAAAUUAUUUUUCUUUUCUGCGGACUAUUUAUACAACUUUUCUGAGGAAAGACUGACAAGUCAAUGUCACAAAGCAUUGCGAAGAAUAUUUUGGUUAAUUGAUGAACAUAACAGUGGACAGAUUCAAGUUGAGAAUUUAAAAUCUCUAUUGGGAGUUUCUGAAGAGGACCAAGUAUCCUUUGACGAGGAUGAAAAGACCAUGAGUUUAGAAUCAUUUCUAGGGUUUAUGGUGACCUUAAUCCUGACCAGGCACGAACAUUUGGUUUGGAAUAUGGUACAGAAAUUUAACUAUAACGACAGACUGGUGCUUGAUAUUGACGAUUUUAUCUCUGAGGCUUCUCCUGACAUUUCACACGAAGAUGUCAUUACAUUAAGCGAGGAAGGGAAACAAGUCCUUUCUCACAUUUUCCGCAGAUUUGAUAAGGACAAUGACGGGCUAUUAGAUGAAGAAGAUAUUGAUGAAGCAUUCAGUUUGACCUCAAUACAUUCAUUGCUAUUUGAAUGGGGAUAUUCUGAAAUUGAUAAAUUAAUUGAGAUCAAAAAGAAGAGAUUGUUCAGACAAACUUCAUCAGAUUAUCCAAGCGUUCUUCACUGUUACGUCUUUGGAGCCUCAAAUUGUGGAAAGACUUCAAUAUUGAGACAUUUCAUUGGUAAGAAACCACUCAAUGGAGAUGUUCACAUCAAAUCAGUCCAAUACUCUGUUGUUGAUCGUAUUAACCUGCAAAAUAAGGAAUAUCAUCUCAUCAUUACAGAGUUUGAAGAUAAAGAAAUACCUGUGGUAUUGAAGUCAGAAGAAAUUAUGGGAAAGUGUGAUGUUGCCCUCUUACUAUUUGAUGGAAAUGAUAGAUACUCAUUCAGUUUUCUUGAACACAUUCAAAGAGGAUUAGAUCCAAGUAUUCCAUGUGUUUACAUGCUGACGAAACACGAUCUGGAAAUUGUCGAGCAGGAAAAUAUGGGAGAUGUCACUCCAAAGCAAUUUUGUGAAGCUCUCUCCUUGAUAUGGCCUCCAUAUUUGUGCUCUUUAGUUUCCUCUCAAGGACUUAACAAUAUCAAGACUCUUUUCUCUGAUUUGUUGGAAGUUGCUUUGAAUCCUGAAGACUCUGGAUGCCUUCCAAAAUGGUCCAUGUGUGAUAUUGACGAAAUUAACGACAAUCAAGUUGAUGAUGACUCAGAUGGUGGCGACCUUUAUAAAAAGGAGUCACUGGUUAAGAGAACUUUGAAAGUUAUUGGUGUGGUGUCUGGCUUUGGCUUGAUCACAUUUGCAAUUAUCAGAUGGCUCAAAAAAUCUAAGGAUUGA